AUGUUCGACCAGAAAUCCUCCAGCCACGAGCGCAGGGCCUUCCUGCAGGCCAUCCUCGAGCACGAGGAGCAGGACGAGGAGUCAAAUAAGGAGAAUUGCCACGAGCGCAGGGCCUUCCUGCAGGCCAUCCUCGAGCACGAGGAGCAGGACGAGAGCAGACACUGCAGUGGCUCCCUGGGCCCUGAGGCCGAGGAAACUCCUCUGAAGGAGGAAGAUGAGGUGCCCGACGACGAAACCGUGAACCAGAUGAUCGCCCGGCACGAGGAGGAGUUCGACCUCUUCAUGCGCAUGGACCUGGACCGGCGGCGGGAGGAGGCGCGGAACCCCAAGCGGAAGCCGCGGCUGAUGGAGGAGGACGAGCUCCCGUCGUGGAUCCUCAAGGACGACGCCGAGGUCGAGCGCCUGACCUGCGAGGAGGAGGAGGAGAAGAUGUUCGGCCGCGGCUCCCGGCACCGCAAGGAGGUCGACUACAGCGACUCGCUGACCGAGAAGCAGUGGCUCAAGGCCAUCGAGGAGGGCACCCUGGAGGAGAUCGAGGAGGAGGUCCGCCAGAAGAAGUCCUCUCGCAAGCGCAAGCGGGAGCCCGAGGGACCCCCGGGACCCCCGGCGGGCGCCCGGAGCCGCGACAAGGACGAGGAGAUUCGGAAGCAGAAGAAGCGCGGCCGACCCCCGGCCGAGAAGUUGUCCCCGAACCCACCGCCCCUGACCCGCAAGAUGCGCAAGAUCGUGGACGCCGUCAUCAAGUACAAGGACAGCAGCAGCGGGCGCCAGCUCAGCGAGGUUUUCAUCCAGCUGCCGUCCCGCAAGGAGCUCCCCGAGUACUACGAGCUCAUCCGCAAGCCCGUGGACUUCAAGAAGAUCAAGGAACGGAUCCGGAACCACAAAUACCGGAGCCUCAACGACCUGGAGAAGGACGUGAUGCUGCUGUGCCAGAACGCCCAGACCUUCAACCUGGAGGGGUCUCUGAUCUACGAGGACUCGAUCGUGCUGCAGUCGGUGUUCACCAGCGUGCGGCAGAAGGUGGAGAAGGAGGAGGAGAGCGACGGCGAGGACAGCGAGGAGGAGGAGGAGGCCGAGGAGGAAGGCUCCGAGUCCGAGGCGCGCUCGGUGAAGGUGAAGAUCCGCCUGGGCCGCAAGGAGAAGGUUCCGGAACGCGGCAAGGGCGGCCGGCGCCGGGGGGGGCGCGGGGGGCGCCCCAAACCCCUCCUGAGCGACGACGAGAGCGACGACGAGCAGGAGGAGGAUCGCUCCGGCAGCGGCACCGAGGACGACUGAACCCCGAACAUUCCACGGCUCCGGAACUCUGAGAAACCCCCCAAAAAAAACCCAAAAAAAAACCCCAAAAAAACCCAAAUUCCCCUCCCCCCGUAGCUCCGACGGCAGCGACGCCGCAAUUCCCAAAAAUCCUGAAAAUCCCAAAAAAAACCCCCAAAAACCUCAAAAAAAUCCCCAAAAAAACCCGAAAAAACCCCAAAAUCCGCGCCCGUAUUUAUACCCGGGUCAGCCCAGGUGGGCCUGGAUUGGCCUGGGUUGGUCCAGGUGGUCCCAGGUCCAGAUUGGCCCAAAUUUGGGUGGUCCUGGAUGCUCCUAAAUCCCCUUGGACCAACCUAAAUCCAUCCUGGAUGCUCCUAAAUCCCCUUGGACCAUCCUAAAUCCAUCCUGAGUGAUCCUAAAUCCUCUUGGAUGAUCCUAAAUCCAUCCUGGAUUAUCUCAGGUGGGCCUGGGUUGGUCCAGAUGGUCCCAGGUGGUCCCAGGUCCAGAUUGGCCCAAAUUUGGGUGGUCCUGGAUGCUCCUAAAUCCCCUUGGACCAUCCUAAAUCCCCUUGGACCAUC